AUGAGAACUUUUUCUCGCUCCAGCUAUAAUCUUAGACACUUGUCGGAGAGCAAUGACGAUGAAGGAAUAAAGAGGCCGAAUAGACAAAAAUCUCUACAUCUAUGGCGUUCUACUUCAUUGAUAAACUUAGUUGGCAACUCAAAUAAGAAUAAAAGCCCAGUUUACGAAUCGACUCCUGUUACCAAGAGCUUAAAUAAGUAUGGCAGCUUAAACAGUUUAAGCUCAUUGCAUAGCACUAAGUCUGAUAUAGAUUUAAGCAUUGGCCGUAGUUUCGUGGGUUCUAUGAAUGUGAAAGUGAUCAAAGUUAAAGGACUGGGCGGAAAGUCGAGCGCCUAUUGUACGCUGGAACUGGACAAUGAGAGAAUACAGACGCACACGGCGAGAUCAAGUUUGGAGCCGACGUGGAACAAGAACUACGUGUUUAACGUUUAUGACGUCACAUCCGUGUUAAAAUUGAAAGUACACGGUAGCCCGUUGACGGAUACGUUAUUAAGUGAAUUUCGGGGUCAAGUUUCAAUUCCAUUGUUGAAGAUUAGGGAUGGAGAAACGAGGUGGUACGCUUUAAAGGAUAGAAAUAAUCGAGGCAUCGCGAGAGGCAAAUCUCCCAGAAUAUUGCUUCAUAUAAGUAUCAAAUGGGACCCAGUAAAAGCAGUUAUUAAACUGUUUCGUCCGAAGGAGGUUAAACAUAUAGAAAAGCCUUAUCGAUUGGAUAUUCCACUUCUUUUUAAAAAGAUUAUCGUUUUGGCGAACAUAUUUAAUACACUCUUAAGUGUUAAUGAACAUUUUAAAUCUUUAUUUGAGUGGGAUAAUCGAGAACUAUCGGCCUGCUCGCUGCUGGCCUGGUUAAUUAUCUGCUACCACUUAAAGCCGUGGAUGAUUCCUUUCAUUUUACUGGUUAUCUUCGUCUUCUUUUGGUUUUACACUAGAGUAAAAGAUGGUAAUAUUUUUAACGAUAUUGCCAGUAACCGGAAUAGUGAAAUAGGAUCAACCGAAAAUCAGAAGGACACUAAGGGGCUAUCGUACAAAAUUAAUGAUAUGCAAGAAACCAUUAUGACUGUAUCGCACGUACUGGAUAUAGUUGUGACGUUAGUUGAGAAAAUUAAAAUCUUACUGUUCUUUCGGAUGCCAUUUCUGAGUUACGUGUUCAUGUUGCUACUGGGGGUCGUUUCCGCAACAUUGUAUUUUAUGUCAUUUAAUUAUUUACUAAUGCUGUUUGGUAUUUAUAAAUUUAUGAGGAAAUAUUUAAAUCCUGACAGAAUAUUAAACAACGAUUUAUUAGACUUCGUUUCAAGGAUUCCGAACAACAGUGAAUUGAAAGAUUGGGAGGAAUUGAAUGUUCCUGAACCGAAUCAA